CAGAGAGUGCAGCUUUGCAUUGAUAUUGGAUUACUCACUCUUUGGGAAAAGCCCUUUCUUUUGUGGAUUAUCACUGCACACACAGGACCUCGUCCAAAAAUGGAAUUGGCUCAUAUUAUCUUACUACAGUUAAGCUAUCUGACCUUUCUGGGUGCAGUUGCAGAAAAAGUCGAAUUUGCUCCUGGAGAGAAAAAGAAAUUGAGUCUAAUCCUGAAUCAAGCCAGAAGGGAUUUAAAUACAUCUUACAAAAUCAAAUCUACAGCCCAAAUAACUGAUGCAACUUCAGGAUCCUCUUUCAUCAAAGAAGAGAGUACAAAAGAUCUAUUUAUGUCUCAGAGCAGCAAUGAAGCUCACGUUCGUGUGAAGAGGUACAGACAAAGUCCACACCUCCACCACUUCCAAACUGUACGAAUUGGCUGCAGAUUUGGUACCUGCACAGUUCAGAACUUGGCUCACCAGAUCUUCCAGUACACAAACAAAGACAAGGAUGGAACAGCUCCAGUUAACAAGAUCAGUCCUCAAGGCUAUGGCCGGAGGAGAAGGUCUAUCCCUGAGAAAAAGCUUCUUCUGCCUGUUGUGGACGGUAAAAUGAAGCCAAGCUGGAUCCGCAACAACGGACUCAGAAGCCCUGUAAAACAACAGCUCGUGGACUUUAGUACUACACCAAGACCAAGCUCUUACACAGGGACCAGGACAAAGGGCAAGAUGUGGGAAUCAUUGCUCAGGACUUAAAGCAGAAGUAAUUGGAGUUGUAUCAAACCUAAACAAUGUAGUGGUUAUUUGUACUGCCUGGAAAGGAGCACACAAUUCCCGGUGCAAAAGUCUACUGAAGCCCCAGAAAGAUAUGGGGAUGAAGAGCAAAGGAAACUAGAAAUGGAAUAUGACUUAACAGUAUUGGGGUUAAAUGAAGACGGAGGUGUCCAGUUAUGUGGACUCUUCACCUACCAACCACCUUGUAGGGCCAAUGUGGAAUAUUUCUAAUGUUUGCACUUGUCGUAAAGACUUCUUAGUAACUCAGCACUGAAGGGACACACACUACACAGGAGGAGACAUUACAGACUAAAUAGCUACUGUAUCUGGGAUUGAGGCAUUGGCUGUAGGAGAAACUAAGGUCAAGCAUUCCUCUAGGCUCGUCUGCAAGUGUUUUUGAAGGCUCCUGAAGAUCUAUUGUCGACCUCAGUGAGGGACCAAGGGGUCCCAUUUCCUUUUAUCUCUAGCUGCUAGAGAAUGAGACUCAACAUACAGUGUUGAUGGCACCUCGGGCAGCAAGGGGUUAACACUUUCCCCCCUCUUGCCUUGUUCUGUCACUGCCAAUGGACUUGUUACAAAGAGACUAAAGACUGUGAUUCACGAUGCCAUUAAAGGGCAAUUUUGAUGGACAUUUGCUGGUUCCUUGUGAACUGUGUCAGGUACUUGAAGUUCAACCCUUAAGUGCAAUGUUUUUUAAUAUGUAUGUUAUAGUAAAUAUCUAUAUUUAAAUGCUACUGUUUUAUGUGUGUGUCUUGAAAGCAAAAGUUAUUUUUUUACGUUAAAGUAUAAGGGCAUUGUAUAUUUUAUUUUAUUAUGAUAUCAGUUGUAUCAAUGUGAUAUCUAGCUAAAGUGUCUGUUUUUUACAUUCCAGUCUUGUGAGAGUAUUAUGAACAAUUUAUUAUUUUAUUCUAAUGAUUAUCAUGUUGAGUUAAAUAAAAUACAAAAAAAAAAACA